UUCCCCUACACUACGCAAAUUCUCUAAAACAUACUCACCGGAAAAAAGAAAAAGAAGAAGCAAAAACAAUGGCCGACGAAGCAAAGGCCAAAGGCAAUUCAGCAUUCGCCGCCGGUAACUUUUCAGACGCCGUCCGCCACUUCACUGAAGCGAUUAAUCUCUCUCCUGCAAAUCACGUUUUAUAUUCAAAUCGAUCAGCAGCUUACGCUUCACUGAACAAUUUCUCCGAAGCCUUAACCGACGCUGAAAAAACCGUCGAGCUGAAACCGGACUGGUCUAAAGGCUACUCUCGGCUCGGCGCUGCUCAAUUAGGCCUUAAAAACUAUAAUGAUGCUGUUUUGGCUUAUAAAAAGGGUUUAGAAAUUGAUCCUAAUAAUGAGGUUUUGAAGUCCGGGCUUGCUGAUGCUCAAUCAGCCCAGGCUCGAGCCCGAUUUAGAGGAUCGGGCCCAGGUCCGGCUAGUCCGUUUGGCAAUGCGUUCUCCGGGCCGGAGAUGUGGGCUAAGUUGACGAGUGAUCCGCGUACGCGGGCUUAUUUGCAGCAGCCUGAUUUUGUUAGAAUGAUGCAGGAUAUUCAGAAGAAUCCGAAUAAUUUGAAUUUGUAUUUGAAUGAUCAGAGGGUAAUGCAGGCGUUUGGGGUUUUGUUAGAGGUGAAAUUGGAUACGAGGGCGCCGGAGGAGGAGGAUGCGGAGAUGCCGGAGGCGAAAGCUUCGCCGGAGAGGAAAAGGCCUGCGGAGAGCGAGCCCGUGAAGGAAGAGAAGCGGGCUGCGCCUGGGUUCAGGACCGAACCGCAGCCCGAACCGAUGGAGGUGUCCGAGGAGGAGAAGGAGAUGAAGGAGAGGAAAGGGCUGGCGCAGAAGGAAAAGGAGGCUGGGAAUGCGGCAUAUAAAAAGAAAGAUUUUGAGACGGCAAUUCAGCAUUAUAGUAAGGCAAUUGAGCUUGAUGAUGAGGAUAUUUCUUUCAUUACUAACCGUGCUGCUGUGUACUUGGAGAUGGGCAAGUAUGAGGAUUGCAUGAAAGAUUGUGACAAAGCUGUUGAAAGGGGAAGGGAGCUCAGGUCAGACUAUAGGAUGAUUGCAAGAGCUCUCACUCGAAAGGGAACCGCCCUGGUAAAGAUGGCAAAAACUUCAAAGGAUUAUGAACCUGCAAUUGAGACUUUCCAGAAAGCUCUUACCGAACACCGUAAUCCUGAUACACUGAAAAAACUCAAUGAUGCUGAGAAGGCGAAGAAAGAAUUGGAGCAGCAAGAGUAUUACGAUCCACAAAUAGCAGAUGAGGAGCGUGAGAAAGGUAACCAGUUUUUCAAAGAGCAGAAGUAUCCUGAUGCAGUUAAGCACUAUACAGAAUCCUUAAGGAGGAAUCCCAAAGAUCCAAGGGCAUACAGCAACAGGGCAGCCUGCUACACAAAAUUAGGUGCAUUGCCGGAGGGUCUUAAAGAUGCAGAAAAAUGCAUUGAGCUUGAUCCAACAUUUGCGAAAGGUUACACUAGAAAGGGUGCUGUUCAGUUCUUUAUGAAAGAGUAUGAAAAAGCCUUGGAAACUUACCAGGAGGGGUUGAAGCAUGAUGCUCAAAAUCAGCAACUUCUAGAUGGUGUCAGGAGAUGUGUAGAGCAAAUAAACAAGGCAUCACGUGGUGAUCUGACUCCAGAGGAGUUCAAAGAGAGACAGGCUAAGGCGAUGCAGGACCCGGAAAUUCAAAACAUCCUUACAGAUCCAGUAAUGAGACAGGUACUAGUUGACUUCCAGGAGAACCCCAAAUCUGCACAGGAACAUAUGAAGAACCCUCUUGUGAUGAACAAGAUCCAGAAGUUGGUUAGUGCAGGAAUUGUUCAAGUCAAAUAAAUAUACAAGGGAAGAAAAGCAUGGGUAUCGUUGUUUGAUAUGGUCUGUCUAUUGAAGGGAAAUCGCGCUUGAAACAUUUUUUUUUUCUUUUUAGGAAUUGGAUGUGAUGUUGCAUAUAGUCUUCUUUCUCUGGCUUUCCAGUUUUUGGUGUUAAGCAAAUGCGUCAAAAAAAUUGUUUCUGGAUAUUGCAAUUCGUCUCUAUAGGAGAUGUUACUAACUUAUAGUUCUGUUCUUUUAGCAACAUGCAAUGUAUGAGAAAAGGGUACUACAAUAGUAUAGAUUAUGCCAAGUAAUUACGUUGAAACUUGCGGUUCUAAUAGACGAAAACUGCAUUUUGUGAUAUAACUUAUGUACUCUAACAAAGAAAAUAUCGAGACUUUAUUAUUAUA